CCCACAAUCUGUGGCAGAGGUUUGCGGGGAGAGAGAGAGAGAGAAAGGCAGCGGAGUUCAUUUACUCAUCGACCUCGGCAGUUAAGGCUAUGGCGGCUCGGUGGAUUGCGUCCUCUCUGCUAUCGCGCUCUCGCUCGCGUUUUUCCCCUCGUUCUCCUGACUACUUUGUGGGAUUAAAAGAUAGAUUUGAUGGUUCUGUGUCUGGAAUUCUUCCAAGAUUCAGCACGGCUGCCGCAGUUGAAGAACCGAUUGCACCACCAGUUCAAGUAAACUAUAACCAGCUUCUAAUCAAUGGAAAGUUUGUGGACUCGGCUUCAGGAAAGACAUUCCCGACGAUGGAUCCUAGGACUGGGGAAGUAAUUGCUCAUGUUGCUGAAGGCGGCAUUGAAGAUAUCAACAGAGCAGUUUCUGCUGCUCGCCAGGCUUUUGAUGAAGGACCUUGGCCCAAGUUGACAGCUUAUGAAAGAUCCCGCAUAAUUUACCGUUUCGCAGAUCUGAUUGAGAAACACAAUGAUGAGAUUGCUGCACUUGAGACUUGGGACAACGGGAAGCCUUUUGAGCAGGCUGCCCAAAUUGAAAUUCCAAUGCUUGCACGUUUGAUGAGAUAUUAUGCUGGGUGGGCAGACAAGAUACACGGGCUCAUUGUGCCAGCUGAUGGCCCACAUCAUGUGCAGGUUCUCUAUGAACCAAUUGGUGUUUGCGGACAGAUUAUUCCCUGGAAUUUUCCACUUCUUAUGUAUGCUUGGAAGGUGGGACCUGCUUUAGCUUGUGGAAAUACUGUUGUAUUGAAGACUGCAGAGCAAACUCCUUUAUCUGCGCUCUUUGUGUCAAAACUAUUGCAUGAGGCUGGUCUUCCUGAUGGUGCUCUCAAUGUGGUUUCUGGAUUUGGUCCAAUUGCUGGUGCAGCUCUUGCGAGUCACAUGGAUGUUGACAAGCUUGCUUUUACUGGAUCUACCAACACCGGCAAAGUUGUACUCGAACUGGCUGCGAGGAGCAAUCUUAAGCCUGUGACUCUUGAGCUCGGGGGAAAGUCUCCUAUGAUCAUAAUGGAUGAUGCCGAUGUUGACAAGGCUGUGGAGCUUGCACACUUUGCUUUAUUCUUUAACCAGGGACAAUGCUGCUGUGCUGGGUCUCGCACAUUUGUGCACGAGCGUGUAUACGAUGAGUUUGUAGCAAAAGCUAAAGCUCGUGCUCUAAACCGUGUUGUUGGUGACCCCUUCAGAAACGGUGUCGAGCAAGGGCCUCAGAUUGAUGAGGAUCAAUUCAACAAGAUCUUACACUACAUAAAAUGUGGAGUUGAUGAUGGCGCCACCCUCGAGGCAGGAGGCGACCGUCUAGGUACCAAAGGCUAUUACAUUAGGCCUACUGUCUUCAGCAAUGUAGAGGACGGGAUGAGGAUAGCGAGCGAAGAGAUCUUUGGCCCAGUCCAGUCGAUCCUUAAGUUCAAGGAUCUUGAUGAGGUCAUUCGAAGGGCGAAUAAUAGUUGCUAUGGCCUUGCUGCCGGAGUGUUUACUAACAAUCUCGAUACCGCAAACACCUUGACGCGCGCCUUGAAAGCUGGAUCUAUUUGGAUCAACUGCUUCGAUGUCUUUGACGCCGCAAUUCCCUUCGGCGGCUACAAGAUGAGCGGCCAUGGACGGGAGAAGGGAAUCGAAAGUCUCAAGGGCUACUUGCAGGUCAAGUCAGUUGUCACUCCCUUGAAGAACCCUGCGUGGUUGUGAACAUCAAUCUAGUUAAGCAGAUCUUGUUGCUGGUGUUCACUUUGAAAGAAGAAAUAUUUCUGUAGCUCUGACGAGUCUAAUUGACAACUUUGAUAAUAAAUUCGAGCUGUGUAAUAGCAAUUGUCUUGCA